GGUUUAGGGCUUUCAUGGAGGUGCCGCUGGUGGGAAGCGAGGCGACGCGAUGGACGAAUGCCAGUGUUCCGGGGCCGAGGUUACCACGGGCGGCAUCGUGCUGCUGCCCUGCGCCGAUCAAUGCCGCUGGCGCCGCGCUCGUUCCCAGCGCGACCAGCAAAGCGCGGGACUGCUUCAUCAUCUGGCGCAUUCAUCAAUCCUCGCCCUCGGCAAUGGAGAUCGUGCAGUUCUCGCCCCAGCAAGAUUUCCCGGGGUAUGGCCUACGGCUUUUGUUUAGCGAAGCUUUGUGUCCUUUCGCUGGAAUAUUUCCCAUCGAGGUUAACAAUGGCCAGGGCCUCAACUUCACUAUCACCAUUGUGGCUGCGUCGGGUAUCGUGUACGUCGUCAAGCUUCCAGUGGCGAUGGAGCUGUGGAGCAAUUUCGUUCUAUCAAACUCCACUUUGAUGGUUCGGGAUCUUUCCAGCGAAUUCACCAGGCUUCAUGAAGUCACCUCCUUUACAGCCGCGAGAAAUAUCCUGUUCGUUGGGGGACGAAAUGGCUCUGUGCUUUGCUUCUCUCUUUUCACCGAUCUCGCGCAAGAUAUUUGUUACGAACUCAAAGGUGGUGAUGCUGGAAUUGGACGUCUUUGGGGACUGGUUUCCAGAAACAAGUCUGCGGCAUCAGUUAAAAGUCUGGCAGUUCAAGAAAUUCACAACAAACAUGUGCUUCUUGUGCUUCAUGAGGACGGGACCUUGCAAGCUUGGGAUCCCCUUCAACACUUUCGACUGUUUAGUCACAAUAUCUGCCCAUCUCCGGAGUUGACAGGUUCAUCUGCAUCACAGAUGUGGACGGAAGACGGCGUGUUUGCAGCGUCUAAGCAGCUAGCUGUCCUGUUUACUGAAGCUUCGCUGACAAAGACAAGGAGCACCGUAUGCAUUUACACCAUGGACCCGCAGCCGUCCAGUGGGCUUCAACUGGGAAUGCCUACAUUGCAGCAAGUUAUCCCCGUCGAGCAGGGAGUUGUUGUAGAUGUGAUGCUGGUGCAAGGAAGCUUAUGGAUCCUUACUCACAAUACAGUGGACUCUUACGAUCUUAUGCAUUUAAAGCUUCAACUGGGAGUGCUUCCGCAGCAUUCUGUUUUGCAAGAAACGGAGCUAGAUGAGCAACUCGUCGUCGGCGACGGCGAUAAUAUCCCGCUCCUGCCAACUGAAGGAACCAUAACGGAGAUACUGAUAAGAAGACUUCUGCAACCAGGAUUUUUUCACCACGAGACAGCCCAGCAAGUUCUUCAAGGGCGUGGUGUCAUUGUCAACGAUUCUAGUUUACGAACUUCUGUGGAAGAGGACUGGCGGCGAGAUAUCUCUGUAGCGAUCAAGAUCACAGACGAGGCUAAACAAUUUGAGCAAUGGAAUAAUUUUGUAACAGAGUACACGAGGGCAUGGAAGAAGAACCACAGUCCGUAUGUUCUCCUGGCAGAUGCAACCACUGGAUGCGUCGGCUUAGUGAGAAAGUCCUCCCUGUCUUUGAUUCGCUCACAAAGCAGUGUCGAAAGAACAACAUGGAGAAAUGAUAGUGAAGUUCUCAAGCGCUUCAUGUCAUGUGUGCACCUGGUUAUUACUCACAUUGGAGAACUCCCGCUGGCUGUAUUCGAUGAAUCGCUUCUGCAACGCAAGGGUGCUUCUAUUGACCAACUAGUAGCUACCUGCGUACACAAUCUCGAUGUCGGCUCUCAGCCGCGGCAGGAUUUGAGCAUCGGCGUGGAUGCUUUACGUGAAAAGGAAAAGGUGCGGCACACAAAGCAAAGGCUAUUCAACUUCAAAAUCUGCCAAGAGUUAUUGGCUAUCAAGGACGUUGCUGGUAAUUGGAGCAGUGUAUUGGACAGCAUUGCAAACUACGAGCGAUGCCUUUUGUUCGGCUCCACACAAAAGUCUUGCGAAAUUCCACCGAUGGGAAACGCUUUCACAAAGCUGAUCACGCAGGCAACCUCUCAGGUUUUAUGGGCUCAUUAUCAGGAAUGCCGCAACCUGGUUUUGCUUUUGAGCUAUGUCAUCAACAUGAAAUCACAGGUAAAUCUUACUGGAAGCGAGGCAUCAAGAAUUCAGCUGCAAAUCUUACCACGUCUUAAGAAAGCAAUGCUUAUCAACUUGCUGCUAUACUGGUUAACAGUAACUCCUGGCGAAGCCCCAGAUUCGGAUGAUUUUAACUCGCUAUUGGCAUCUCUAAGACUCGAUGGUGCUGCCAACACUGCCUGGAAAGGAGGUCUGGGAUUUGGACAGUUUACUUUGGCAGAAAUCCUGGGGGCAUCGUUUUUUGAAGCAGCACCCGUGACCUUUCGCAAUCACAGUGGAGCUUUUGUGGAGAAAGGAGAUCUUCUUGACUAUGCAAGGGGUUUUAUUACGUGGUUGUCGGUGGGCCAAGAUAGUCGUCUGAACUUUCCGCGGAGAAUAAUAGACCUCUCGGUGAUCCUCCUGAAACAUGGGCAAUACCGCGGUCUUGAGAGUCUGCUGAGCAUUGUCGAAAGGCACUCGAACGAACAAACGUUCCUAGACGACGUGUUCGCUGCCGAUGGUGAGUGCAGCGCCAGGCUGCAUUUGCUAGGAUUUUGUCGCUUGGCUCGUGCGUGCAGCGGGAAUGGAUCAAACAAAUCACAGGAAAUAAAAGACGCAGCUUCCUGCUUUUUCAGGGCUGCAGCUACACUGGGAGAUUCCGAUGAGAGGUUUCAUUCGCUUUUUCGAGGAAAGAGUUUGUUGCCUGAAUCAACUGCUGCCGCCUGGAAGCUUCAGUACUUUGAAUGGGUGAUGCAAAUUUUUGAGCAGCACAACCUCAGUGAAGGCGCGAGUCAAUUUGCUUUGGCAGCACUUGAUCAGGUUGAUCAGGCUGGAAGCGACAGGAACACCAUUGGGACAAAGGGACGGCUGUGGGCCAACGUUUUUAAGUUCUCGAUGGAUCUGGAACUGUAUGGUGAAGCAUAUACUGCAAUCGUCUCUAAUCCGGAUGAGGAGGUCAAACUUACGUGCUUGCGGCGAUUCGUGGUGGUCCUUUGCGAGCGUAAAGCUACGCAGAUUUUAUGUGGUGGAGACCUUCCGUAUGCUGGUUUACUUGACACUGUUGAGCAGGAGUUGGCUUGGAAGGCAGAAUACUCUGACGUGAGCGCAAAACCAAACGUCUACAAGCUUCUGUAUGCCUUUAGCCUUCAUCAUCACAACUACAGACGCGCAGCUGGGUACAUGUAUCGAUAUGCUGCGAGAAUGAGGGACGAAGGUGUGUCCAAGUCUCGUCUUCAAGUUGCGGUUGCUUUUCAAGAGCAGGUGAACGGGCUUGCUGCGGCAAUCAACACUCUCAGCCUUGUAAGUCCGUCCUCUGCGUGGAUAGAUUUGCAAUUUACAAUUGCUGAUGAGAAGUCCAGCUCUUCUCCCUCAAAACGCCCUCGUUUGGCUGGUACCGGAGUCGUGAACUACGUUGCGGUUGUCAGAGAAGAGAACGUUGUCGAUAUUGAAGAACUGGACAAACAAUACGUUCUUGCUGUUGCCAAGUUGGAGCUUGUACAGGCAAGCAUCAAGCAUCCGACAAUAGGAGAGCUAUCCCCUUCAGAGGUUGUUCAUCUACUUGUUCAGUAUGGUUUGUACGAGAGCGCAUUCUCUACGCUGUUUAGACUGUGGAAAGGCUCUGUAUUGAAAAGGGAGCUUGAGAAAACAUUUGAGCUGAUUGCGAGAAAUUGUUGCAGCCAACAGACAAGCCUCAGGCCACCGAAUGGGAAGCUUUUGAUGCUUACUGGUGUAGACAGCACAGAUGGCGAGCUUCCUGCAGCUUCUAAAGGGGAUUGGCAAUCUUUGCAGCGGAAUCUGGAGAAAUAUCGACCAGUGCAUCCUCGUCUUCCGGUUGUCGUUGCGGAGACAAUUAUUUCCGUGAACAAAAACAUGGAGCUACCGCUUUGGCUUACUGACCUUUUAAAGGGAGGCAAGUCUGUAAAUCCUUUCGGAAUGGCAGGGCAGGAUGGAGAUCCCGCGGCCUUACUCAGGAUUUACGUGGAUAAUGGACGCCUGGUAGAAGCUUCAACUUUGAUCCUAGACUAUCUCCGAGCAUGGGCUAACAUGAGACCGACUGACGUGAUCAAGCGCAAGAAAGUGUCUGCGGCCUGGUUUCCAUACGCACUGAUCGAUCGUCUCCAGCAAUCGCUAGCGGAAGUUAGCGAUCGGGACUCGCGGUGCAAAGAAAUGAAAAGCUCCCUCCAGGCAGCUUUAGAGCGUCACCUUAGUCAGAUGAAAGACGAUUCAAACGAUAUCAUCUCCUCGCAGGCUUAAACUCUAGCACCAUUGAAAAAUCGAACACAAUGUAUCUAUCAGCAAAUUCUUGCAAAUCCAGGCACCUUUAAGAGCUUACUUUUACAUUAA